AUGAUCACGAAACGACAAAGUUGGAGUCGAAGUAGUUUUACAGAAGAUGAAUUAGAUAAUAAUGAAAAUUUACCAACAAUCCAAAAGAUAUUUGCAGCAAGAAAAAAAUCAUACAAGAAAUGGGCUAAAGACGAGGAUGAUCGUUUAAGAGAAUUUAUAUCAUCGCAUCAUGGUUUAAAAGAUUGGUCGUGUAUAUCGAAAUAUGUUGGUAACGAUCGUACAGAUGCUCAAUGUCAACAUCGUUGGGAACGUUUUCUUGAUCCAUCUAUAACCAAAGGACCAUGGACUGAUGAAGAAGAUAAAAAAGUUGUUGAACUUGUACAUGAUUAUGGAGCCAGACAAUGGAGUUUAAUUGCCAAAGAAUUAAAAGGACGUGUUGGAAAGCAAUGUCGCGAAAGAUGGCACAAUCAUCUUAAUCCAUUAAUCAAUAAAAAUCCAUGGACAACUGAAGAAAAUCUUCGCCUAUUUAUAUUACAUCAACAUUUUGGUAAUAAAUGGGCUGAAAUCGCCAGAUAUUUUAAUGGACGAUCAGAUAAUUCAAUUAAAAAUCAUUGGAAUUCUUCAAUGAAAAAGAAAUUUUAUUUAGAAGUCGAAAAUUUAAAGAAACAAGGACUUGAUUGGACUGUAUUAAUUCCAUCUGAUUUUUCAUGGCCAAAUCUUGAUCAACCAAUGUCAGCAAAACCGAAUCGUUCAUCUCGAACGCCACUCAAUACGAUAACCAAUCGACCAUUACAAAUGCAUACAUCAGAUAUACAAAACACUUCAACAGAGAAUAUAUUAUCACCUUUACGUGUCAUAAAAACAGAAAGUCAUGUGCCAAUUGUGAACAGUAAUACUAAUUAUCAUCGAUUUUAUUCAACUACAAAUCAAAGCAAUAAUUUUGAUCUUACAUCAACGAUCUAUCCUGGUCCAUUACAGUGUUUAUCAUCUUCGGAAAUCUCUACUGAUCUUCAACAUCAUUCUUCUCAAGAUGUCGAUCAUUUACUUUUUGGUUCUCAUCCAUCGCCAAUGUUAUCAUCAUCGGUUAAUUAUACAACGUCAAGUCAACAUUCUCAAUCGGAUGAACAUCAUCAUCUAUCAUUAUUCCAUUCUCAUUCAUCGAUUGAUUAUUAUUUAUCACAUCCACCAUUUAGAUCAUCGUCAUUACCUGUAUUUGCCUAUGCAUCAUCGCCACAUUUAUCUUUAUUAUCAACUGAUAUAAAUUUAUUUUCCAAUGAUGAUCAAUUUCUAAUUAAAACAAGUGAAAAUAUGAAUAUUUCACCACCACCACAUGCAUCAUCACCUUCAAAAUAUCAUAUACUUAAUACGCCAGAGCGACCUCAUUUAAUACGUUUGACACCAAGUCCAAAACAAGAUUGUUUCAAUGAAUAUCUUCUUCCAUUGUCUGAAUCGGUUAUCAACGAAAACCAUUCGACAAUUUGUUUAGAUAAAUAUGAUUUGUCAAUAAAUCUACCAGAUAAAUUGGGUUAUAAUCCAACUUACACAGAAAUUUUAACUGGUCAAACACGUGACCAACGUUAUAUGAACGAACAAGCUCGACGAUAUCUUUCUUGUUCUUCCUUAAAUUAUUCGUAG